AUGGCAAAAAGGGUAUUAUGUCAAGAUAUCUUCUGGUCAUGUGACGGCACCUCGUUUGUUUCUGUGCACAGUGAUUUUGGCAUUAGGCAGUAUUUGGUGCCAGAAGAAGUUGAUACAUGCAAGAGAAAGAAAACCUUGUUGCUACCCUUCAGCAGGUUUUUCAGGAACCAAUCUAUCGUUUCGUGUGCGCUUGACCCAUUCUACUCGCUUUACGACGGAACAUCCGGCGGAAUAACUAAUGACAAGAUCGUGAUUGCCGCCAAAAACUUUCCCUUGCAACUGUAUUCCAUAAUGGACGGAAAGUGCGUUGCAAGCUACGAAACUACGAACGAAGCAAAUGAAGAAUACGAGACUGCGUACAGCGUGAAAAUCGAUGCCGAAGCGCACAUAUAUACCGGAUCGCACCGAAACAAAGUGGCUGUGUAUGACAUGCACCGGCGGGAAGUCGUAUGGACAUACCGGAGCACCAAGAAAGCAAGCAAGGGCGGACAAACCAUCAUAUCGUGCUUUGAAGACCAUCCAGCAGGAAGCCAUCCGCCAAGAGGCACCUUGCUGUGUGGCAGUUAUGCAAAUGAAGUAUUUCAAGUAGACUGUCGCCACAAAAGGCUAGAGAGAAUGAACCAUGCCGGCAAAGCAGCCAGUGGAAUUGUGCAAAUUCUCACAAGCGACAACGGGCGCUACAUAUAUGUUGUCAGACGCAACAGCGACGCAAUUAGUGUUUAUGACCGGCGGGUUUUACAGCGCGAAGUAAACAUGCUAGCGCUACCCUUUCGGAUCCGCCAUGACUCUGCUAAGUAUAAAGCAUGUAUGGAUUCGAUUUAUGGGCUAAGUAUGGGCACGCCGUGGGGGACAGUACUGAAUUGGAGUCGUGACCUUGUUGAAUUUGGAGGAGUCUCCUCACACCGGGCCGCGGAAAAACAGACUUCUGUCUCCAUACCGCCGGAGUCUGAGUGGUACAUUCAUACUGAUUCCGAUGUUCCUGCGAUGGCGGUUUUAAAGAAUUGUCCCGGAGAUCCCGACCUCUUGGCGUUAGCUCACGGGGGCACCAUCUCAUUAGGCAGGCUCGGCGGCUAA